AUUUCGCCUAAUGAAGAUGAAGAUGGCGGAGACGAACCUCAGGCAUUCUAUGUUGGUGGAUCAGAGACUGGAGGGGGGGGUCAACAGGUGCUAGGGCCACGACGCCGCGAUGUACCAGCGGCAGACCUCUUGAAGCGUCUAUCAUCUCCAGAAAAUUUAGUUCAUAAAAUUUUUCAAACUACCAAAGAGAGUGGAGCAGAAGUAUUGGAGAAAACUCGAGUUACAGAUCAUCCUUCCACAUCUAAAGUUAAGCCUUUUGGGGGCAGUGGAUAUCGGUGA